CCAGGAUGUAUCGGGGGUUUAUAAACGACAGCCUGCCCUAACAGAAACAACGGUCGUCUGCGAAACUUGUGCUGUCUUCUGCAAGUACGCUGUCGCUGAUACAGUGAAGAGCAUCAACCAAUCAUGAAGGUCCUUCUCCUGUUACUCGUCGUCAUUGGAUUGGCAGCAGCUGAUGCCUGGCCUGGGAGGGGACGUAGAAGUGCUGAUCCCGAGGCAGCAGCUUAUUAUUACGAACCUCUGCGGGCUCGUAGAAGUGCUGAUCCCGAGAAUUCAAAGUUCAAGGCACGUGAAGCAUCUCCCGGCUAUUUGCUGGAAGAAUUUCUUAAACGUAGAAGUGCUGAUCCCGAGAAUUCAAAGUUCAAGGCACGUGAAGCAUCUCCUGGCUAUUUGCUGGAAGAAUUUCUUAAACGUAGAAGUGCUGAUCCCGCCAAACGAGGCAUCUUCGACCCGCCACAGAAGAUUCCAAUUGGAAAUGGCCUGUGUUUUUAUCUAGAUGUCAUAAUACCGUGUUAGCAGAAGAGUCUACAACGGUAGGCACGUGACGAGGUGAAAGAAAAGACUCUCGCAAUAAAGCUGAAAAUAUGAAGCUCGAA